AUGUCUCAACCCGAAGGAUUCACCUCUCUUGCUCAAUCCCUUCAUGUCUGCAAGCUCCAGAGAUCCCUAUAUGGCUUGAAACAGGCUCCCCGUGUGUGGUUCACAAAAUUGAAGGAAACCCUCAAUCGAUUCGGCUUCACCUACACCAAAUCGAAUAUGUCACUCUUCACCAGGUUCUCGCACUCGUCUGUCAUGUACAUUUUGGCAUAUGUGGACAAUAUUCUAGUCACUGGGACGUCCCAAAUGAAACUCUCCAACCUAAUUGCUCAGCUAAAUGCUGUGUUUGCUCUAAAAAAUGUGGAAAAAAUGAGCUACUUCUUGGGUAUUGAGGCUGUAAAACCGAAUGACAAUGACAUGCUCCUAUGCCAAACCAAAUACAUUAAGGACCUGCUAACCAAAGCAGGGACACGUGAUGCCAAGGCCAUACCAACACCUAUGGUAUCCAGUCUCAAGCUAUCAGCUUAUGGGUUCUGUGUAUUUCUAGGUCCAAACCUAGUCUUAUGGUCAAGUAGAAAGCAAAAUGCAGUCUCAAAAAGCUCCACAGAGGCAGAGUAUCAAGGGUUAGUUGCUGGCUUGACUGAAAUCCUAUGGGAUCCAAAAUUUGAUGAGUGA